AUGGCCGAUGUGCAAGACGGCGGGCCAGGCGAGAAGGAACAGAGCAAACCUGAUAGCCCUAAGCCUGACCAAGAAGUUGCACCCCCACUCAUCUCAAAAGAUGCCAAAGAUGAAAAGACUGGGCAAAAGAAAGGAACCCAAAAGGUGACCAAUGUUGCUAAGACAACAACACUGAAAUCCAAGUCUGUGGUUUCAGCUGGUGAUGCACUGAAAGAAGCACAAAAGGCUCGUGCCUACAAAGAAGAAAAUAAACUAAAACUGGAUGCUAGACAUCAGUAUGUCAUAAAACAGAUUGCAGAUGCCAUUGGCUUGGAUCCAUCAGCUGUUGAAGACUUCCUGACUGGUGAUGAGAAGUUUGAUUUGAUAGAUGAUUUUUUUGCUAAAGAUGGAAUUCGGAAACUAAUAUUUUUCUACCAGAAUGCUGACAUUGUUAAGCCAGGACAGUCUACUACUCAGCCAAAGAAACUGUUUCUCACAUUGGGGGAUGCUGAGGUAAACAAAACAGACAACAAUACACAACUUUUUCUCACAAUCUGGAUUAAUGAGACUUAA